GCGGGCGGGCGGCCGCGAUUCUGUCCAGACCUGCAGCAAAACAACUCCACAAAAAGAAACACCUUCAGAACAAAGAUGAAUAUCGGGAAAGCUUACGGUGCUGCUAACAUCAGCAAUGGAACAGAUCUAGCUAUUGGCUUUACCUCUUCCACAGUAGCUGUCCUUCUAUUUGGGACAAACUUUGUGCCUGUCAAGAAAUUUGAUACUGGUGAUGGCAUGUUCUUCCAGUGGAUUCUCUGUGCCUCCAUAUGGAUAGUUUCUUUGGUGGUCAAUUUGAUCCAGAAUUGCCCCCGGUUUUGGCCUCUGGCUAUGGUUGGAGGUUUUGUGUGGGCUACAGGCAACGUUACAGUUGUCCCUAUUGUUAAAACUAUUGGCUUAGCUCUUGGUCUUUUGAUAUGGGCUUCUUUUAAUUUGCUGACAGGCUGGGCAAGUUCAAGGUUUGGUUGGUUUGGAAUUGACCCGGAAGAGGUAUCAAGACCAAUCUUAAAUUAUAUUGGAGCUGGACUUUCACUUAUAAGUGCUGUCAUAUUUCUUUUUAUAAAAACUGAAGUCCAGAGUUCUUCAACUUCAUUAGAAAGCACACCUUUACUGAGAGAAAGUUCUAUUAAUGUUUCUGAAGAUACCACUGAGGACUCAUGGGUGGACAAACUUUCUCCAACAAAAAGGAGACUCAUAGGCUGUAGCCUGGCUGUAGUGGCUGGAAUACUCUACGGUUCCAGUUUUGUACCAGUACUUUACAUCAAGGACCAUGGAAGAAGAAAUGAAACUGUAUACACAGGAGCAAGUCAGUUUGAUUUAGAUUAUGUUUUUGCACACUUCAGUGGAAUAUUUCUUACAAGUACCAUCUACUUUUUGAUCUAUUGUGCAGUCAGGAAAAAUAAACCUUGUGUUUAUCCCCAAGCCAUAUUGCCAGGGUUUGUUUCUGGUGUGCUUUGGGCAAUAGCCAAUUGCUGCUGGUUCCUGGCCAAUCACUAUCUCAGUGCUGUCGUGAGCUUUCCAAUAAUUACUGCAGGUCCUGGCCUUGUUGCUGCAAUGUGGGGAGUCCUUGUAUUUAAGGAAAUCAAGGGACUGAAAAACUACGUGUUACUGUCAGUAUCAUUUUGCAUCAUUUUGGCUGGAUCACUUUCCACAGCUUUUUCUAAAGUUUGAAAGGACCUUCUGGACCAGUAGAUGGUGCUAGCGUUUAACAUAAGUAGAAAGACCAUGUUGGUAGAUCACAAUACCUAAUAAUUUUCAAAAUGUAUGUCCAGCAUUUACAUUAACUUACUUCAGCCAUGUGGAAAUUGAAAACAUUUGGCAUGAAAGAAAAUCUGGAAAUAUUUGUUCCUAUUUUUCUUGGAAUAGUAAGAAAAUCAAAGGACUUUAUUAAUCAAAGCUAAAUGAUUUUAUUGUUACUAAUUAUUUGUUUUUUUCAUUCAGGUGCUAAACUUCAUGUCGUCAUAAAUUGUGGAUAAAUUGUUGUGA